AUGAACGCUAAAUGCGGAGGUGUAAAAGCAUCAUUCAUAAACGUUUGUAAGCGAAAUUCAGAUUCAGAUGCACUCAAAUGUGUCCUUGAUAAUGUAGAACGUUGUCGUGAACAUCUCGCUAAAGGCAUUCCUCGUUUAGUCAUACCACCAAUGGAUCCUCUAAUCGUGCCUUCAUUAGACAUCAUAGGACAUAACCUAAAUAUUAACCUCAAAAACUUAAACGUGCACAAUCUACUUGCACUCAACGUAGCUGGAGGUGAUUUAAAACUAGGACAUUCACUAGUAUUAAAUCUCACAGUUCCGUAUGUAUUUACCAAGUUCCAAUAUGAAGCUGAUGGAAAAUUACUAGGAUUGGUUUUCAAAGGAGAUGGAGAUGGCUACGUCAACGCUAGUGAUGUAACAAUAAACAUCGAAGCAAAAAGUCAUCCAGUACAUAGAAACCAACAAACAUAUUUGGACAUUGAUUAUAUUCAUGUUGAGUAUAAAGCUAAAACAGGCAUGAUAAAUAUCGAAAAUUUAUUCAAAAAACAAGACGAACUUAAUGCGGCUACUAAUAAAUUAAUUAACGAUAAUUUCAAUGCAUUUGAUAAUGAAAUUGCACCUGAUAUUGCUAAAUCUAUUUCGGCGUUGAUUGAAUCCAUUGCAAGAAAUUUGUUUGAAAAGUUUAGUUAUGAUGAAAUGUUUCCAGAAAAUUAAAUUCAACCCAUUUGCACACGUUUUCAAGAAAAAUGUAAAUUCAGCAAAAAAAAUACAAUGCAAUACAACGUCAUCAAUUAUUUUCUACGUGCAAUAAAUUCAUUAGUAGUUUAGCUUUAUUUUAAGCAUGUUGUAUAAAUGUUUAUAAAAUAUUUUAGAAACAUAAUGAAUUGUUUUAAUGUUAAA